AAUUUUAAUUUCCAUUUCUGGUUAUUACCCAAACCUUUGACAUGCUCAUUAUAUAAAUAUAUAUUUUCACACAGAUUAAGUGCUGUAUUGCAAUUCUUUUAUCAUGUAUUUCUAUGAUGAGCUUCACCCUUUUUUUGAUUUGGAUCUAAUCGUUGUGUUUAUGACGGCCGUUAUUAUCCUAAUAGGAAUACGCCGACCAAAGACAAGUUCAAAAUCAGAUGGGAACAAUUCAGAGCCAAUCUAUUCUCAUCAGGAAUAUGCAAAACUGCAAAAUCCACAAUAUCAAUGUAGCAAUAUUACCGAUAAGAGUGAUCCUGAAUAUUGGAAGAGUCAAAUUAAAGUCAACCGAUAUAAGGAGCAACUCUUAAAAUGGGAGGGUUUUCAUGUUGAUUGCUUUGAUAUCCCAAUGCGCUACGCUCCUGCUCAUAUGAUUUCACCAGCACUUGAAACUACAUCAUUGGCAAAAGAUGCAGCAAUAUUUGCACUGGAAAAGCACAACAAAUACAGGCUUGCACCUAUUAUUAAGCUAAAGAGAAUUGUGAAAGCGAAUGGCAUGUUGGUGAACGGACUUUGGAUUUAUCUAACAUUGGAAGCAACAAAUGGAUACUUUUACGAAGCCAAAGUUUACCUAAGCCCUCCCAAGGACAGAACGCUUUCCAAUCGAUUGGAAUUUUUGAGACGUGCUAAACACUAUCCCAUGACAAGGACUAGUAGCCACAGAGUGAAGGCUAUGGUGGAUAAUAUUAUACAUUCAUUGUGCUUUCAACUUGGGUUGGGGGAUUACUUUUGUAUUUAGUUUAUUUACUUCUUAAUGAUUAACAACUUUACAAAAUGAAAUAAGUUUUGAUGUUGCAUGUUGGGUUUAAUGAAUCACUCUCUUUAAACCCUCUUCUUCUUUUUUUUGUAUUAUUACUAUGUUUCUGACGAUCUCAUCAUAAUUUGGCUGA